AUGGCAUCUCACCAGAACCAGACGUCAUGGAGGCACCAUCUUGCAUCAGUCAUCUCCCCCUUCACUCUCUCAACGCCUUAUCAAAUCUCAUCCUCUGCAUCGUCAAUAUGCUUGUUUGUCUUCAGUGGCAUCUUUACCUUCUUCGUCGACACCUACCAGCCCCAUGCUGCCAGCGUCUUGGCCUCGAACGCCUUUGUGCGCUGCUCCUUUGCUGCCGCCUUCCCUCUGUUCGGUGUGCAAAUGUACCAUAAGCUGGGCGACCAGUGGGCGUCGUCACUGCUCGCCUUUUUGGCUGUCGCCAUGCUUCCCUUCCCCUUCUUGUUCUUCAAGUACGGCAAGUGGCUGCGCAGGAAGAGCAAGUUUGCUGUCAGCUCGUAG